AUGUUUGCAAAGUCGCUCGUUACUGCGGCAUUGCUUGCAAAUGCUGCUCUUACUGCCGCGAAGCUUUCACCUAUCUCAGCCGUGGGCUCCAAGUUCUUCAAUGGAAAUGGAGAUCAAUUCUUUAUGAAAGGCAUCGCAUACCAAUUGACCCCAGCGGAUCCCUUGAUCGAUACCGAACAGUGCCAACGCGAUGCGAGCCUCAUGAAGACGUUAGGGGCCAAUGCAAUCCGGGUCUACCACGUUGAUCCAAAUGGAGAUCAUACCGGCUGCAUGACUGCGUUUGCAGACGCUGGAAUAUAUCUGCUAGUUGAUCUUGACACCUUCAAUACUGCAAUCGAUCCUAUCGUGGCAUCGUGGAACCAAACACAAUUCGAUGCAUAUGCGAAAGUCAUGGAUGCGUUCGCAAAAUACGAUAAUACCCUAGGGUAUUUCGUUGGAAACGAGGUUAUUGCCCUAAACAACCAGUCCGAAGCAGCUACAUAUGUCAAGGCGGCCGCGCGAGACUUGAAGGCCUACCGGAAGAGCAAGGGCUACAGAGAAAUUCCCGUUGGCUACUCUGCGGCCGAUAUUGCGGAGCUUCGUCCCAUGCUACAGAACUACCUAUCAUGCGGUAGCAACGCCUCUGAAAGUAUCGACAUGUUCGGCCUGAACGCCUAUGAAUGGUGUGGAGAUGUCAACAUGCAAACAUCAGGAUAUGACACCCUUAACGAAUUUGCCUCGACCUAUAACGUCCCUAUCUUUUUCUCCGAAACAGGCUGCAUCACUGCCAGACCUCGCACCUUCGCAGAUCAAAGCGCGAUUCUCGGUCCAGAGAUGAACAAGCUUUGGUCCGGCGCGAUCGUCUACGAAUGGAUCGCCGAAGCCAACGAUUAUGGACUGAUUUCUUAUGGACCUCCUGUGUCGGCUACUGUCACGGGGGCUAACAUUGAGGGGGGCUUCUCGAGAGCCGGAACUCCCACUCCCGUUUCACCCGAUUUCUCUAAUUUGCAAGCCCAGUGGAAGACCCUUACUCCCACAGGUGUUGCGUCGUCGGCCUACAAGCCAACUUUGACUCCCCCGCCAUGCCCCGCCUCCACAGCUGGCGGCUGGUUGGUUGACGGUGAUGUCAAGUUGCCGAGUGUUGGCCAGACGCAACAAGUCAAGCCUACCGGCUCCAACAGUGAAACUGCAACUGCGACUGGCACUGCAACUGGCACUGCAGCUUCCCCAAGCAGUACGAAGGGCAGUGCAAAUGGAGGAAAGGAGAUUACGGGUAUGGGUGUUGGCCUGGUUGCUGUUAUGCUUGGGUUCAUGUACUGGUUGUAA